UAGAUCUAAACAAUGGCAUUAGUUUUGCAGAUAUUUGGUCAUAAACCUAUUGGACAAACUAAGAUCUGAUAAUAAUACUUGAUGAAAAGUCAGUCAUCCUGCAGGAACCAUAAAUGUCUGAAACAAAUUUAAUAGCAAUUCAUCCGGUAGAUAGUUACAACAUUCAACAUUGUCACCCCAUAGAGCCAUGCUGCUAGCGGCAAAGGGAACUGUGACUGUAAAGUAAUGACAUGGUAUUGACAUUUACUGUUGGACGUGUUUGCAGAUCAAAGAGCACUGACAGAACAAUAGACAGAGUGAAUAGAGGCUAAUCUACUUUAUAUCUCCACCAGGCAAAGGGCAGGACAACUGAAGAAUAUUUGAACUAGACUUUUAUUUGAUUUUUGGGCAGGGAUCCUGUUGCUGUUGGCACCAGUGAAUUAUUUACUCUUAAUGUACCUGUAUGCCAGAGUCUGGGCCUAGAAGAAACAAAACAUUGAUCAUUUCAGACGAAGGAAUUUUUAUAGCAAACAUCCCAUUUUGCGGUUUCUGUGGCUACAUAUCCUUGAUUUCAUGGUUUAAAUGUGAGCUGUUAAAAGCACAUCCUCAUUUACCCAUGUCUAAUAAUGGGAUCAACAGUAAGGUCAGUUCCAGGCAAAUCAAUGUCCACUGAAAAUGCAGGAAAGAAGAACUUCAGAUUGAUUUCUACACUGUUGGUGUGCAUGCUAUUCACGGCUGAACAGCUGACUCACUGUUGAGAAAUAUCUGAUUGUGACCAUUGUCCCUCUGAGAAUGAUGUGUGUGCUUGUGAGAGUGAGGUAAGGUAAAGGUUUGUCAAUAAGUAGCUGUUCAGGAGCUUUCAGUCACGUCACUUUCCAUCUUCAUCACCAGAUGUAGUUUCCCAAGUUGUCAUGCAAUUGCAGAUGUUCAAAUUUCCAUGUUUCUUCUGAGCACUUUAAGGAGUUCUCUUCCAUGUUGGCUUAAAAGCUGAGGUACACGGUACAGCAAACAUCGGUUGAGAAAAACAAUCUCACCACAAGGUCUGCUGUUCUAGAGCUAUCGAUCAUAUCACAUGAUCUUCAGUGUAUUAAAGCUCUGUGGGUUUUAACAAAGUUUGGCUGUGCAGUAUGAGUUUUUGCUGACUGGUCCACCGGUGGGUCAGUGACGUUUAGAAGGUGGAUCGUACUGGGGUGGAGGCAGAAAUCUCAGAGAUGGCUAGAUACUACUUCAGUGCAGACCUUUCUCUCGACCACUUUGCCAUGAGGAGGUUCUACAAUGACAAACUGUCUGCUCUGAUGAGCCCCUCGCAGAAACGGUAUGUGUGGAUGCUGGGGAGCAUGUUAAAGGGAGGACUGAGGAUGUGUCCCUCUCCCUCUUUCCUCCUCUGUGUUGUUCUUCACAAUCUUCCCAAAAUAAGACCAGAUGGAGCAUGUUGUCUCUUCCUGAGAGUCUACCAGAGUCUACAAGCUGUUUGUACAUCAGCAGUUUACCACGUUAAUGCAGCCCAGACACACCAGCUCUACUUCGUGCUCCAGCCAGCUCAGCUGCUCAAGGGGGACAUCAUGGUGGUUUGUUAUGACAAAAACAGCCGGUCAGCCAGCCGUCAGGUUGUCUUCCGUCUCCAGUUUCAUACGGGCCUCAUAAACGGACACAGCCUCACUUUCUCCAAGGUGGACCUCGACUGUGCCAGUGAAGAUCCUCGGUUCCCAGACGAUGGAAAAGUGGAGCUGUUGCUCUCUGACAGCCCUGAAAAGAUUACAGGCAGAGAGCUGUGGCACAACGGACGCUGUGUGACGGUGGACUAUGACACCUUGGACCCUCUGGUUAGACGAGAUUCAUAUCAAGACACGUCUUCUCUUGAAACAGCUCCACCUCAUAUCCAGGACCCUGGAAAUGGCAGUUUGUAUGACAGAGUGAGGAACAGGAGUAGUGAGGAAGGAGCUUCGUUCCCCCUGACCACCAGCGGCCCCAGCUGCAGUGACAGAGCUCCAUCUGCCAGCAGUGAUUCAGGCCUGUCUGUUGCCUCACAGGGGCGGACCAGAGCCAGACAGAGGAGAGGGGCAGCACAGGACAAGUGUACCCAGGCAGGGAAGCUGGUCUCUGGGGUGGACUUUGAGAUUGCUCAGCCUCUUCUGGAGGUCAUGGCUGAGUUUGCUGCCAGUGGAGGGGAGGGGGAGAUGACUGGAGUUGAGUCUGGAUUGGGACACACUAUGAAUGGAGAGGCUUCGUCCAGCGAGAGGGAAACUGACAUAUUAGAUGAUGAGGAUGAAGUAGAUGGUGAAGGAGCUCCUGCUUUAGACAUGCCGAGCUUAAGCGGUAUCUGCUCCCUCGCCUCUGAGAACCUGCCUGAAACUCAAACUGAGUACUCCACACACUCCUGGGUUCGGCAGCAGCAGAUGGUUGAUGUUGUCGCUGAUACCUACCUUGAAGUUGAUGGGGAAGAGAGGUUGAACAGGGUGAGAAAAAAGAGGCCGCCACCUCUGGUUGUUCCUGACACACCACCUCGAGGAAUCAGCAGCAGGCAAGCAUUGCAAAGAGGGCUGGUGGACAAGGACGGCACACACUAUGUUACACAAAACACAGAUGUUACACACGACAUACAGUCUGUCAAUACUACACGCACUUCGUCUUGCCAAGAAGAGGAGUUGGAGUCGUUAAACAUAGACAUUGACGAGUCCAUAGAGCAGCUCAACCAAUUGAUUUUGGAUUUGGACCCCACCUUUGUUCCUGUUCCUACCCGCUGUGCCCCCCUGUCCCGCUCCGCCUCCCUCCACACCAACGGCCUCAGCCGCAAGGGAAAUACCCAUCUGUCAGGCUGGAGGCAGCAGAUGCAGGUCAGUGAUGUGACAGACUACGCUGGUCUCCAUAGUCCGGGAUGGAGAGGGGGUGGUGCUCAGACCUGUAGAGGCUCCCCAGUCUACAGUCCCUCCAUCUCACCAUCUCAGCAUGGGCAUCUCUACAAAACCAACAGUGUGGACUAUCGGGGACACACAGAUAGCUCUGACAUCAUCCCUCCUACUCCGGCCUUCCCAGUGUCUCCUCCAACGCCUUAUGUGAAACAUUGCUCAGAGUUUUCCCAGCUCAGGACUGCCAGGCAGUGGGACCAACAAAGCUGGACACAAGAUUCCCGGAGUUUCCUGGACAGUUUGAACCACGCCGGCGGCUCCACAGAGGGAGAGCUCUUCAGGUCAGACGUGUCGGUCUCUUCUGCUUCCUGUCAGAGGAUCUUUGGCUCCAUGUGCUCGAUGUCAUCAGACAGCCCCCUCCCACACACAGAUAGCUCCACUCCUCCUCUUGUGUGGCAGGACCGGACUCCAAACUCCCUGAACUCCCCGUAUCCCCCCCAACCCUCACCUCCUCUCUCCCUCAGCACUCCCAAUGCCCAUAGCUCUCCCCGGGGGGCUCUGAGAGGCCUGGCUGAAGGUCCGGGGGUCUGCAGGGAGACCGACAGCACAGACUUGUCCUCAUUGUUGUUGGGGAACGGCGGCCUGGAACACAGCCUGCUGGAGGCCAUGGAGGGCCUUGGGAGUCUGAACCUCCAGGGAGACGGUGGCCUCCCUCCACUGCUGCCUGAGAAGAGAAGAGGGGGUGAGGGGGGAGAGCUUAGCUCCUGCUCCCCCUCUCUAAGUGGGUUUUCCAGUCCUUACAGUGGCAGCAGUCUUAGCAUCCCAUUCUCAUCCCCCAUGACCCCAGACCCCCUCAGAGGACUCAGUGGGGCUCUGUCGCCCGGAGCAGACUUUGGCAGUAAGCAGGACACUGUGAAGUUUGUUCAGGAUACUUCCAAGUUCUGGUACAAGCCUGACAUUUCCAGAGACCAAGCCAUCGCAGUGCUAAAGGACAAAGAGCCGGGCUCGUUCAUUGUCAGAGACAGUCAUUCAUUUCGUGGGGCGUAUGGAUUGGCCAUGAAGGUGGCCACGCCCCCUCCGUCUGUGUUACAACAGAGUAAGAAAGUAGGGGACCUGUCCAAUGAGCUGGUGAGACACUUCCUGAUAGAGUGCACGCAGAAAGGAGUUCGUCUGAAAGGGUGCCCCAACGAGCCGUACUUCGGAAGUCUCACAGCUCUGGUAUGUCAGCACUCCAUCACCCCUCUGGCUCUGCCCUGUAAACUCAUCCUGCCAGACAGAGACCCGGGGGAGGACCUGAAUGACUCGUCUGCACAGACAGCGACAAACUCAGCAGCUGAGCUCCUCAAACAGGGAGCAGCGUGUAACGUGUGGUACCUGGGCUCUGUGGAGCUGGAGUCUCUGACGGGACAUCAGGCGGUUCAAAAGGCGACCACGGUGACGAUCUCCAAGGACCCCCCACCAGCGUCCACCGUCGUCCACUUCAAAGUGUCGGCACAGGGGAUCACGCUCACUGACAACCAGAGGAAGUUGUUCUUCAGGAGACACUACGCUGUCAACACCGUCAUCUUCUGUUCUCUGGACCCACAGGGCAGGAAAUGGACAAGAGGCAGUGGUUCUACUGCAAAGAUCUUUGGAUUUGUAGCCAGGAAAUCUCAGAGUGAGACAGAAAAUAUGUGCCAUCUGUUUGCUGAACACGACCCCGAGCAGCCGGCGAGUGCUAUCGUCAACUUUGUCUCAAAAGUCAUGAUUGGGUCACACAAAAAGUAAGGAGAAAGAGACUCAUUGCAGAGUGAAGAACCUGGACUGGAGAUCAACUUCCAACCCCAACACCAACAACUUUUCCUCCCAAGAGCCAAAAACUUUGAACCUACACACUCCAGCACCCGGUCCUGUUGGUCCAUCCUGCAGAAAAAACUUGUGUAUUUUGUACUGACUGCACUGCAGGAUGCCGCCACCAGAGGUUGCCGAGACUGACAUGUAUAAAGUUAACAUCAUCAGCAGGAGGUUGUGACUACUUUAAGAUGCAUCCUUAGAAAUUUGUAUAAAAUUUGUGUAAAAUCAUAGACACUUUUCCCCACAGGAUCUAGCAUAAGAAUCAGAUUUUGUCACACUUUAUCUGACCUGUAUCUUGCUCUAAAUGUGCCAUAUUACACUGACUUUGCUUGUUGCUGGCAGUCACAGCUGACAAAUAUAACGUAAUUACUUCUGAUUAAGCCGGGAGAAUAUAAGAUACUCUGCACAUAAACACAUCUUUUUUAAGUAUGACUAUAAUUCUGAAACCUCUUCUUUUUGGUUAAAAUGUCUAAAUCAGGUUUCAACAUCCCUUUUGUGCAAACCACAGGCCCAUUUUAUGUUAAAACAAAACCAACCAUACUGUCACAUGACAAAGCCAGUAAUGUGGUUGCCUUGUACUUAAGAUGGAUUUAUUGUGUUGUGUUUAUAGUAUUUAUCCCUUUUUACAGAUGUGUAAAAGUCUUUCUUUUUCUUAAAUAUACUUGUCAUAUAUUUUUGUAUAUUAACACAUCCUGUACAUUAGUAUUAAAGGCAGUGUACCUCAGAAAAUAUACAAUUAUGUCACAUUGUCGUGGGAAGAAUAUGAUGUAGUACUUAGUACAUAGUGAGAUACUACAGUACAUGAGCUGCCCUUGUAUACUUGUUGUAUUACUAAUAUAGAUGUUAAUAUGUUCCUUUUACAGUAACACAGUAAUACAGAUUUAUGUACAGUUAUUGUGUCAUGAAAAGUCAUUUUUACUUUCUCUAAUAAGAGAUCAAAUAAAGUCACUGUGAUAAAUUCCA